AUGGCAUCCGCAGUAGCCCACGACGCCGCAUGCGUGUUCUGCAAGAUCAUUAAGGGUGAAAUCCCAUCGUUCAAGCUUAUGGAGACUGCGCACUCCUAUGCGUUCCUGGACAUCCAGCCCACCGCAGAGGGCCACACGCUGAUCAUCCCCAAGUACCAUGGUGCCAAGCUGCACAAUGUACCAGACGAAUACCUGGCGGACAUCCUCCCCGUCACGCGCAAGCUGGUCAAAGCGCUGGGCUGCGACAACGACGGCCCCACAGGCCCAGGCUACAACGUCCUGCAAAACAAUGGCCGAUUGGCGCACCAGGAGGUUGACCACGUGCACUUCCAUCUCAUCCCGAAGCGCAACGCUGUGUCUGGGCUCGGUGUAGGGUGGCCGGCCGCUCCCGCGGACAUGGAGAGUUUGAAGCACGUGCACAAGACACUCUCUGGCCGCCUGCAGUCCUUGUAG